AUGUUUGCGCUCUGGGAUUCCUGCAACAGAGACAGAGGCAGCGGUGUCACCUUUACCUGCGCUGACAACACUGCUCAAACGCUAGCAUGUACGACAACCUUUCCCAAGGGAGCCGAGGUCCAGAUGGGUGUCACCAUUGUAUCUGACGGAACCAUGGGUGCUCACACAACCGUAUCCGAGCGACGAGGCGGCAUCGGCGCCUAUGGUAUCCAAGUAGUCCUCGGAGCCAAGCAUGACGGGGGCGUCCCCAACACCGAGGCCUCAGAAACGCCAACCACCACCAACCCCUUAUUGACGACAUCUCAGCCAACGAUCACCGACCCAUCAGCAGCGACGACCAGCAGUAGUAGCGGCGGUGUAAGCACGGGGGCGGCCAUCGGCAUCGGAGUCGGAUCUGCAGCUUUCGCUCUCAUUGCCGCCGGCUCAGUUGGACUCUUCUUCUUUACGCGCUGGCGGCGGAAAAAGCGACUACGACGUAGAGGAACUACCGGGAUCGUCGGAACCCGCAGCAGCAAAGGCGGUGGUGGUGGUGGUCUCAGCAGCAGAAAUGGUCCGCCUGUGCCGCCCAAGGACAUGCAGCCGCAUUACGAGCUAUCGGAAGAGGCCUGUUCGUACUUCCGGCGCUACGCCGCCGCCUGGAAAGCCUGCAGAGCCGGAGCGGGCUCAAUUAUCGCCGGUUUGGCAGAGUCCACUUCAGAGUCCGAGUCAAAGUCUGGGACCCAGUCGGAAUCCAAGUCAAGCGUACGGGUACGGGCGUCCCGUCGAGCACCCCGGGAGCCAAUUCGCCGAGCUGGAGGCGGUGGUGCCGAUGGAGGCGGCGAGUUCGGACAUGCCAUCGUCGGCGGAACCGUCGUUGAUGACUCCCAGUCGGUGGCAGAGCUUGCAAAGUUUGAAGAGCCGUACUGGUAG